CGGACGCGGCCGGGCGCGGGGACACGUGCGGAGCCAUGGCGCGGGAGGGUGCGGGGCUCUUCGCCGCGUUCCGGGUGCUCGGCCGCUUCAGCGGGCACGUCCCGCACGUCCUGCGCUAUCACGGCCGCCACCGCCAAUUCUACCUGGCCGUCGCCAUCGGGAGCAGUGUCCACACCUACAAUGUGAAGAAGCUUGGUAUUGUUGCUGUGAGUAAUACUUUGCCACAAGACAUCACAUGUUUGGCAGCAGAUCGCAUGUUAAUAUUUGCUUCAUACGACAAUGUUCUCCAAGCUUUUGCCAGGAACAAAGAGGUGGUUCAUACCUAUGAAGGCCACAAGGCAAGGAUACACCUUCUACAGCCUUUUGGUGAUCAUGUCAUCUCUGUGGAUGUUGAUAAUGUUCUUAUUGUUUGGAAUAUACAGUCAGAAGAAGAAUAUCUUCGAAUAGAUUUUGACAAAGCCACUUUUGCAGUUUCUGCACUUCUGCAUCCCAGCACCUAUCUGAAUAAAAUUCUCCUUGGGAGCGAACAAGGAACCUUGCAGCUAUGGAAUAUAAGAUCCAACAAACUCUUGUACUCGUUUCCAGGAUGGGGUUUAGCAGUCACAACUCUUGAACAAGCUCCAGCAGUGGAUGUUGUUGCUGUUGGCCUUGUAUCUGGUCAUAUCAUAGUACAUAAUAUUAAGUUUGAUGAAACUCUGAUGAAGUUUCAACAGGACUGGGGUCCCAUCACAGCAAUAUCUUUUCGUACAGAUGGACACCCAGUAAUGGCAGCUGGUAGCCCAGUUGGACACAUUGCUUUGUGGGAUCUAGAGGAGAAGAAACUGAUGUGUCAGAUGCAAGAUGCCCAUUCCACAGCAAUAGCUGGCAUGACAUUUGUCCCUGGGGAGCCACUUCUUAUUACUAAUGGUGCUGAUAAUGCUCUACGGGUUUGGAUUUUUGAUGGACCUGGUGGUACAGGUCGAGUAUUGAGAAGCCGAAUAGGACACAGUGCGCCGCCAACAAAAAUCAGAUAUCAUGGGCAAAAUGGAGAGCAAAUUCUUAGUGCAGGUCAAGAUGGAACAUUGCAGUCUUUUUCAACAGUGCAUGAAAAGUUCAAUAAAAGCCUAGGACGUGGUUCAAUUAAUAAAAAGAAAUCAAAAAAGAAAGGCCUUAAGCUGGAUACGAUGGCACUGCCACCGAUUACAGCCUUUGCUUCAGAAGUGGCACAUCAGAGUGACUGGGAUGGUAUUGUUGCCUGCCAUCAAGGGUAUAUAACAUGUACAACCUGGAACUAUCAGAAAACCUCCAUGGGAGCUCACAAACUGAGGCCAGAAGAAUUUAGCAAACACAAACCUGUUGACAUAUAUGCAACAGCAGUUGACAUUACAUCGUGUGGUAACUUUGCUGUAAUUGGGAUGUCAACUGGACAGGUAGAUGUGUAUAACAUGCAGUCUGGCAUUCACAGAGGGCGUUAUGGCGAGGAAACAGCACAUGAAGGGGCAAUUAGAGGGGUAGCAGUGGAUGGAUUGAACCAGCUGGUAAUCACAGCUGGUAGUGAAGGAUUAAUUAAAAUUUGGAAAUUCAAAAUGAAAGAUCUGGUUUAUUCCACUGAACUUUCUUCUUCUCCAAGUGGAAUUCUGCUUCACAGAGACAGUGGUAUUUUGGGAAUUGCCUUUGAUGACUUCACUAUUAGUGCUUUGGAUAUAGAAACCAGGAAGAUUGUCAGGAGAUUCUCAGGACACCAUGGACGAAUUAAUGACAUGACUUUCAGUCCUGAUGGUCGGUGGCUGAUAACUUCAUCAAUGGAUUGUUCCAUUAAGACUUGGGACCUUCCUUCUGGAUGUCUCAUAGAUUGUUUUUUGGUAGACUCUGCAGCUGUGAGCCUUACUAUGUCCCCUACAGGAGAUUUCCUGGCUUCAGCACACGUGGAUGAUCUUGGAAUUUAUUUGUGGUCAAACCGUUCUUUGUAUUCACUUGUGUCAUUACGGCCCCUUCCUGCAGAUUAUGAACCAUCUUUGGUGACACUCCCCAGCACCUGCCCCAUGCAAGAUAUGGAUGUGUCAGGAGAUGAAGAGGCAUGUGAUGAAAUGAUAGAAUAUGUCUCACCUGAGCAACUGGGAGAGCAGCUGGUGACCCUUUCCUUGUUACCGGAAUCAAGGUGGAAAAAUCUCCUCAAUCUUGAUAUUAUCAAGAAAAAAAACAAACCAAGAGAGCCACCAAAAGUUCCAAAGUCGGCACCUUUCUUCAUCCCAACACUUCCUGGUCUCAUACCCCGCUACAUUCCACCAGAGGAGGAAAAUGAUACACAGUCAAAGGUGGUAAAUCUUGGGGUACUGGCGCAGAAAUCUGAUUUCUACCUUCAUCUUGAAGAAGCCCUGAGCAGCAAUGAAUAUAAAGCUCCACUUGACUUACUGAAAAGCUUGGGGCCAUCUAAUAUUGAGGUAGAACUGCGGGGUUUGGCCCCUGAAGGGGGUGGCUCAAUGGAAGUGAUGCUGAGCUUUCUCAGAAUGAUUGGAAUGAUGCUGAACAAGAAGUACAACUUCGAACUCGCUCAGGCGUACCUGGCACUAUUUUUAAAGUUACAUCUUAAGAUUCUCUCAUCAGAGCCAAAACUCUUGGAAGAAUUAUCCAAAUUGUCAGUGCAACUUGGGGAAACUUGGAUUCACUUGAGGGCACUCUUCAAUCAGAGCCUGUGUAUUUUAACAUAUAUGAAAAGUGCUUUGCUGUAAAAUACUUCAGGGUUUUGUCUGCAUAAGAUUUCCCUCAGAGUAAUAGUAUAAUUUAACCAAAAAUACCGAAUUCCAAAAAUCAUACUGGGUCUUGGAUCAUAGAAUCAUUAAGGUUGGAAAAGACCUCCAAGACAUCAAGACAGCCUUCUAAUAGCUACCACCCUGUCCCCUAAGCCAUAUCACUAAGUGCCAGACUGUCUGGUUUGGUUUUUUUAAUACUUCCAGGGAUAGUGAUUCCACCAUCCUAUUCCAGUGCUUCUUCUGGUGCUGUAUUUUAUACAUCUACAUAUGGCAGAUAUUUUAAAACAUGCAGAACUGCCCCUAUUUUUGUUCACUUCAGUUGGAGAAAAGAUUUCUGUGUGCAGCUAAAGUAUUUGUUGUGUUGGUCUGUUCUGUCAAUGGACAGACAUUUGGAUUCAAGGCCCUGAGCAACCUGGCCUUGUGGAAGGUGCCCCUGCCCAUGGCAGGGGAUUGAAAGUACAUGAUCUUUCAAGUUCCUUCCAACCCAAGCCUUUCAAUGAUUCUCUGAUUCUAUGGCUACAUAAAAUGUAGUUCACAAUGAAGAAAUGACUCGUGGGGAAAAAGAGUAGUGGGGAUGCUAACUUCUGUGCAGGAGACCAAAAACUGUAUUGUUCUUAAUAAAGUCAUUGUUGAUGCAAAAAUAAAACAAAAAGUCUUUUGUUUUAAUUGUUAACACUUUAUUAACAUUAGUUUAAAGCAAAUUAAUCCAAAAAUUGUGUUCCUCUGCAAUUAGAGCACUUUUCUUAUGAUGUUUGUAAAAUCAGUUGUCUUCCCUCUUUUGCUGACAUCUGUUUCUGAAGGCGAAGAUUUCCAGCUGCACUAAAAAUGAUUGAAUGUCACAGCACAGCUGGUCUGUAGCUGGUUAUAUAAAUUUAGCAAUAAAUACAAAACUUAA